CACUUCCCCACAUUUCCUAUCGCGUGUUCCUUUAAAUGGAACUUGACGGGCGCGCCCUCGGCGCGGGCGUGCGCGUGCGUGUGUGACGUAGGCUGCGACGCACGCGGAUGUCAGCCAUAGCCCGAUUGUUGUGAUUUGUGUGCGUCGUCUGCAAGGUGUCAAGAUGGUUGUUCUGUCCAAGGAGUACGGCUACGUGGUGUUGACCGGCGUUGCCAGUAUGAUCAUGGUGGGACACUUGGCAGUUCAAGUGGGCAAAGCUCGCAAGAAGUUCAACGUGCCGUAUCCUAAGAUGUACAGCGACGACGACAGCGAAGACGGCCACGUUUUCAACUGCGUGCAGCGUUCGCACCUAAACACUCUGGAAGUGUACCCUGCCUUCCUUUUCUGUCUGGCGGUCGGUGGUUGGCAUAGACCUCGUCUCAGCAGCGGACUGGGAGCUGUAUGGAUCAUAAGCCGAGAGCUGUACGCGCAAGGCUACUCAACAGGAGAUCCUCAAAAACGAAGGCGGGGAGCUUUCGGGUACGUGGCUCUGCUCGGAAUGAUACUGACCACCGCCAGCCUCGGCUCGCACUUGUUGGGCUGGACACGACCGCAGUUGGGGUCGUGGUGCGAUGUUGCGAAAUGUUGUUAACAAACAGAUGCCAGUCGCCACAAUUGCGCGGCGGGCAGCUUCACCUUUGCCAGAUUUCGCGCAGCGCCUGUUUGCAACUCCUCAACGCCGAAGUGACCUGACUGGUUCUCCACGUUGGGAGUGGCCUCCCUUGGAUUAGGAUUGAGGGUGUCGGCCCCUUUUUGGCACUCACAAAACAUAAUUGCUUUUGUUCUCUUUUUCAAUAAAUGCAGCACAUAUGAAAGCGCA